GUGACUGUUUUCUCCAUGUCAGGUUUCACUGGGAUAGACUCGGAGUAUGAGAAACCAGAGGCCCCAGAGCUGGUGCUGAAGACUGACACCUGCAGUGUCAACGAGUCUAUACAGCAGCUCAUUGACCUGCUACAUGAGAAGGAUAUAGUGCCGGUGGAUGCUUCCUAUGAAGUGAAGGAGCUGUACGUAGUGGAGAACAAGUUGGACCUGGCCAAGACGGAUGCUGAAACACUACCUGCUGUGCAGAUUGGAAAGGUGGACAUGCAGUGGGUUCAGGUGCUUGCUGAGGGCUGGGCCACCCCUCUGAACGGCUUCAUGAGGGAGAGGGAGUUCCUGCAGUGUCUCCACUUUGACUGUCUGCUGGACGGUGGCGUCAUCAACCUGUCUGUGCCGGUGGUGUUGCCGGUGUCGGGGGCGGACAAGGAGCGUCUGGACGGCGUCACGGCCAUGGCCCUGGUGUACGAGGGCCGCCGUGUGGCCAUCCUCCGCAACCCCGAGUUCUACGAGCACCGCAAGGAGGAGCGCUGCGCCCGCCAGUGGGGCACUACCUGCAAGGACCACCCCUACAUCAAGAUGGUAAUGGAGAGUGGAGACUGGCUGGUAGGAGGAGACCUGCAGGUCCUGGACAAAAUCAGCUGGAACGACGGCCUGGACCAGUACAGACUCACCCCCACUGAGCUCAAACACAAGUUCAAGGAGAUGAAUGCAGACGCGGUGUUUGCCUUCCAGCUGCGUAACCCGGUGCACAACGGCCACGCCCUCCUCAUGCAGGACACCCACAAGCGUCUGAUCGAACGGGGCUACCGCCGGCCCGUCCUACUGCUGCACCCGCUGGGCGGCUGGACCAAGGACGACGACGUGCCGUUGGAGUGGCGCAUGAAGCAGCACGCCGCCGUGCUGGACGAGGGCGUGCUGAAACCCGAAAACACCAUCGUGGCCAUCUUCCCGUCGCCCAUGAUGUACGCCGGCCCCACUGAGGUGCAGUGGCACUGCCGAGCACGAAUGGUGGCCGGCGCCAACUUCUACAUCGUGGGUCGCGACCCGGCGGGCAUGCCCCACCCAGCCACGGGCAAGGACCUGUACGAGCCAACGCAUGGGGCUAAAGUCCUCACCAUGGCGCCUGGACUCAUCACCCUGGAAAUUGUACCCUUCAAGGUGGCCGCCUACAACAAAGCCAAGAGGGCCAUGGACUUCUAUGACCCCAAGAAGUAAGCCCUGUCACUCAUCGUUUGUUUU